AUGCAACCAGGGGCCGCUGCGGCCUGGGCCACUGCCGUUGAAGAGCUCGCGAACUUCAAGCAGAGGCGCUGCCAAACAAGCACAGCAGUCGUUUGCAGCGUCGCUUUGGCAGAUCUUGCACGUCGGCGAGGAUGGCAUCAGGCUGCCAGUUUCCUCAAGCUGACAAGGGCGCGUGCGAUUGCAGUCGACGAGUUCAGCUACAAUUCAGGAAUAUUCGCUUGUCGCCAUGUAGUCACAUGGAGUCAUGCCGUUGCCGGGCUGCUGACAAUGGAAACCGAACGCUUAGAACCAGAUGCUUGCACCUGCCAUGCGCUCGUGAGUGCUUAUGAGAGUGGCAGCCGAUGGCAAUCAUCCUUGCGAUGUCUGGAGCUCCCUUUCAGCUCCCAGAGUGGUCUGGCAUGUACCAAUGCCAUGCUUAGUGCUUGUGCAAAGGCGAGAAGUUGGCUGCAAGCGCUGCAGUGCCUCUUCCUCCAGCGUGUGACGGAUGUCAUCAGCUGGAACGUGGUGAUUUCCGCUCUCGGCAAAGGUGGUUGGAAGGUGGCACUUGGGUGUCUUCAAGCGUGUCGCAGAAGCUCCGUCGAGCCCGAUGCCGGCACCCACAACUUGAUCAUUGUCGCCUGCAAAGGCAAAGAGGCCUGGCAAAGGGCGCUGCUCUGGGCAGGCGCCUCGCCUGGAGCAGUCACGGCGGCGGCCGCAACGGGCCGCAUUGAGGCGAUGCGCCACGGAGGCGUCUCCAAGUGGCCUCUCUGCCUCUCUGCUCUUUCGGAGACGGAGGCGUCUUCUGAUCCGGUGUUGGUCUCGGCAGCUUUGGGCACCUUGGCUCUUGCGGGGCGGUUGAAAGACUUCGAAGAUUUGCUGGAAAAGGAAAAGCACCGGCUCGACCCUUCCCUUCGACUCUGGGCCCUUGCGAAGCUCGCGGUCUUGGCACAGCUGUCGCCUUCGGCGCGUCGCUCCCCGCUGCCGGAGCGGCUCUUGGGCGCCCUGGCGGAGGCCCGGGACGGCGGCGCCGAGGGUCUGGGCACGAAGACUUUGACGCGGCUCUGGUGGGCUCUGUCCGUGCUGCAGGCCUCCAGUCCUGGCUUCGAUAAGGCUUUGACAGCGAGGUCCCUAGAGAGACUCGAGGACUUCCUGGACAAGGAGCUGAUGCUGGUUGCCUGGGCGGAGUCGGGCAAGGGUCCUGUGCCGCAAGUUUCCGUGUUGCGAGCUAUACAAGCAGAGCUGCGACGCCGAAUUGCUGGCACUUCCGGUGUCGUUCUAAGCCCGGAACUCGUUCGAUGCAUCUUGGGAGUGGUGUGGUCUUGCAGCUUCAGCAGUGGCUUGAUGAAAGGCUUUUACAUGGUCGCAUGGCGCGCUUUGUGUCGGCAUGGUCGAGGCUUGGACAGCGGAGGCAAGAAGGGCACAGCAGCACCAGCAGUGGCAGGAGCGGUAGGAUCCUUAUCCAAUACUACUUUCAGUCCGGUGGGCUUCGAACCUCCGCGAGUUGUGUUGGACUUGUCGGAAACACUGGCUAUUCUGAAGCCGCCUGGCUGGGAAGUUCACGACGAAAGUGCUGACACUCGAGAGACGCAGCAGCUCCUGCAGUACGUCAGAAGCCUUGUCGGUCAGCAGAGGAUGCCCAUACUUGAGGAUCCUACAUGCAGUUACGGCUUCCUGCACCGACUGGACGUUCCGAGUUCAGGCUUGAUCUUGGCCGCCAAGUCCUUCAAGUCCUACUUCGACUUGCAGGCUCAGUUGGCAUCAGGAAGGCUGCUUCGAGAUUAUGUGGUCCUCUGCCACGGCAUCAUCGCAGCGAAGCAGAGAACCAUCGAGGCGCCUCUCUCCUGGCUCUCCGAUGCGACGAGCGAGAGCGAGAGCGACAGGCCCAGCCCCACGCGCAGCGGGGCCUUCGGGAAGCCGGCGCGCACGGAGCUCACCCGCGUCCGCGCGGCGCGCAGAGGCAAAAACUGCGGCGGCUCCUCCUUGGACUUUUGCAAGAUUCGCAUUCGCACCGGACGUCGGCAUCAGAUCCGGAGUCAUUUCGCCUACGUGGGUUUUCCGGUCGUCUGUGAUGGGAAGUACACCGCACAGGAGACCUUCGAGAGGGACUCCUUGUGGUUCCCCCGGAACGCCCUGCACCGCUUCCGCGUUUCUUUCCGAGAGGAGGGUGAGACUGUUUGCGCCGUCGAGCCGCCUGGAGAAGACUUUCGCAAGGCACUGGAUCAGAUAGCAUGGGACGAGGUGCUCAACUCCUGA